AUCAGACGCGACUUCCGUGAAUGGCCCCCAGCCAUCAGGCUUGCCAACUCGUCCUCGCUGCCACUCUUUCGUACUCGGCGAGCCGACUACUGGUAUUCAGUAGAAACUGCGUAGUAGACAAAGACAAGAGGAACCAGUGCAGAUACUGCAGAUUACGAAAAUGUUUCAAAGCUGGCAUGAAGAAGGAAGCCGUACAAAACGAGAGGGAUCGGAUAAGCUGUAGAAGGCCAAGCUACGAGGAACAGAGUAGCAACGGAAGCGGGUUGUCUGUAGUCUCCCUUCUUCAAGCUGAAAUGCUCAGCAGACAAGUUGGCGCUGCCCUCGAGCUAGGCAGUCCUGGUGGGGAUAUCGACCUCAGCACGAAACAAAUUGCCAAUAUAAACGACGUCUGCGACAGCAUGAAACAGCAAUUGUUGAUUCUGGUCGAAUGGGCGAAAUAUAUACCUGCGUUUAGCGAACUCACCCUCGACGAUCAGGUGGCCCUGUUGAGGGCACACGCCGGCGAACAUCUUCUUCUAGGCGUUGCCAGGCGUAGCAUGCAACUGAAGGAUGUUCUAUUACUGGGUAACAACUGCAUCAUCACAAAAAACUGUCCUGUGAUAUCUUUGUCCGCAGAGGGUCGCAAUCAGGAUCUGGACAUCAGCAAGGUCGGCGUCAGGGUGAUGGACGAGCUGGUGAAACCAUUGAACGAGGUGCAAAUCGACGACACUGAAUUCGCUUGCCUCAAAGCAAUUGUCUUUUUUGAUCCUAAUGCGAAGGGCCUGAGCGAGCCACAGCGAAUCAAGCAACUGCGUUACCAGAUCCAGAUCAACUUGGAGGACUACAUAAGCGAUCGACAGUACGAUAGCCGUGGUCGAUUUGGCGAGAUCCUCUUAACCCUGCCAGCUCUACAGUCCAUCUCCUGGCAGAUGAUCGAACAGAUUCAGUUCGUACGACUGUUCGGGGUGGCGCAUAUCGACAAUUUGUUACAAGAGAUGCUGUUAGGUGGUGCCACGGCUGAGGUGAAUGGCACCGUGACACCAAUUCCUAUCUCAAACGCUCCUGGCAGUUAUGUGAGUAGCAACGAGAGUCCCAGCAGUCCUUUGACACCGGCCAACGCGCCUCCGUUGAGCCCUCAGGAUCACAUGCUGGCGGCUGGAAGUCCUGUCAUGAUCCUGAGAGAUCUGACACCAAUUCAGAACCAAGAAGAUGUAACCAGCGUAGCUGGAUUCAGGAUGUUCAAACAGGAGCCCAGCCUCGAGAGUGAAUCCACCUUUUAAGGAAUCCUGACAAACUUAAAGACAAUUAGGAACGAGGAUAAAUCGAUUGUGUCUGUUGAUGCCAACUCGAUGAUUUUGCCACUUUAGAGUACUUACGAAACAUAUUUCAGAACGUUGAAGCAUACCAGGAAGAUGGAAAACGCGACAAGUUGUUAAUAGACUAUAGAGUCUAUUAUAUUUUUCAAGAAAACCAGAAGCACAUUGAACAGAUUUAGUGUUCCUUGUUUUGCAAUUUCCAAACUUUGAAGUCAAGGAUAUUUUCAUAUUUGGAAGAAUGUUUAAGCGUGAAGCACCAGAGGAUUGACAUAGUUUAAAACAGUGGUACUUUUUCCGUGCUAUUGAAAGUCUGAAUUCAUAUGAAACUUGUAAUUUUAGACGAUUUUUGAGAAUUUCUGGAAACACUUUUUAUGACUUAUUUCAUCAAAGAAGAAAGGAUAUAUUUUUGUGGCAACGCUUUAGUACGCAAGUCAGGAUCUUCCCAGUUCUUUAAGCCUAAAUACCUUAAAUAUUUUUAUGGUUCCCAAUUAUUCGAGUGAAAAAGUAGAAAGAGUUACCAAAAACUUCCACUGUUUUAAACACACAUGGUGCAAUGCUAGAACAAUACGAAGAACAUAUAAUUGUAUGGAAGACAAAUAAUUAUAUCAAAAUAUUUCUCCACAAAUGUUAACAAAUUUGAUCAAGUUUUGAAGAUAUUUAGGAUAUAUUAUCUUCAUGAGAUGUACAGAAUUCCUAAUUAUAUUUGAAAAUGUAAUUACUCGUGUGUUAAUGUUUUAAUGAGUACUUUCGAAUAUAAUUUAAAAUAAUGGAAUUCUGUAAUAUAUUGAAGAAAUGCUGUUUCAAAUCUUUAUAAUUUGAGUCUAAUAGACUACGGUUAUUUUUAAAACUUGCUGGAUAUCACGAGAUUUUCCUGAAAAAAGUCGAUUCUCAGAACUAGAUUGUUUCUAGUGAUCUUUUUGAACAAUUUUUAAAUGCCACUAACGGCCUUGUUUCCAUACAAGUGAAUCGAACUUUUUUACAAGUUGUGAUUUUUUUUUAGAAGGUUGCAAUUCGAGCAACAGUUUUAAAACACAGGUUUUCGAAAACCUCGCACUCAUAUUCCGCAUGGUUGGCGUGUUGGAAGUACAGUUUCGAAUUGCUAUUAUAUUUUAUAACAGAAUUUGCUAUAGUUGAAACAAAAUGAAUGACAUAAAUUAAAUUAAUUUUGUUAAAUUAAGAGGAAAAAUCACUCUCCCAAGGCUACUUACACCGCUAUGAUUCACGUCAGGAAAGGACCUGUAUUAUAAGUCAUGCAGAUAAAGGUAGCUCCUUGAAUGGCCUUCAGAGGCUAGUUAAUUUUGUUUCCACUAUAGGAAUAUAGUUGGCAACUGUCAGAAACACUGUACGAUUUCCGGUUUUUGAGUAACAUUCGUGCUCAAUAUUGCUCAAUUAAUCCUUAAUUAUCCUAAUCGUAAGGUCGAAUCAAAAUCGGUAUAUCAAGUGACGUAAAAUCGUCUUGUCACUGCGAAGUCAAUUCAAUUAAAUAAAGUCGGUUAUCAAUUAUCUAUUUUUUACAAAAUGAUGAUGUAUGUAAAACUAUUAGAGGAAUUAGCAAUUAGCAUAAUCAAAAUCGAGAGAUAUUCUCUUUGAUUUCCAAAAAGUAAUAUAUAGAAAGAAACGAUGCCUUGUAAUUAUUCAAGUUUCUUCGAUUUCCUCGAUUAAAGAAAUCUUUCAUUAUUGUUAGUGUUUUAAACAAAUUUAUCAUUUUAAUAUCAGCUCUAUUUUAUAUUAUUGCAAGUUUGUACUGAAGAAAAAAGCAAUUUUGUUUCUAUUUUAAUUUCGUAACAUCGUCAAGAAUAUCUAUCUUCAUUUAAUCGAAUCAUAAACGACCGACCUCUGAACACAAUAAUAGUAUAAUUAGCGUUAAUUGUUAUAUACUUAGAGAGUACGUUUACUGUUAUUUAUACAAAGGGUUAUUAAUUAUAUUAUUUAUGAUAUAUUCCUACAGAGAAUAUUUUUGUUAUCGCGAUAAAUUUCUUGUUAUCCAUGUUAUACAAAACGUACAUUGUAUUAUACAAACACAGUAAUUAACGAUUUUAAUAAUAAUCGACUAUUUUUAUAUCUGAAGGUUUAUAUUUUUCGAUUAAUAUCCAACGAUAUGUAGCAUUAGGAAACUUGCCAGUGGACAAAGAAUCGGUAACGCGCUUUUCUUUAACCCUUUGCAUUAUAAUUGUUUUCUUAGUUUAUUCUCGGCAAAUUCUGAUUUAAUUUAGUAAACCUUGCGUUUAGGGGAGGCAGCUCCGAUGACCUUGACUUUAACAUUUGUUGUCAAGGACACCCUCCUGAGUAACAUUCAAGAGCUUAUAGCCGUCACGCGUUUUUUUAUUAAAAAGUUACUAAAAAACAAAAAUCAUAGAUUUACACAUACGAACGCGGUAUAUAUAGCAUAUAAAAACACACUACAACGGUUGAAACUUGUUCCAAGUGCUUAUAUCAUGCACGAUCUUUAUUCGUACCCCCAUUUUUUUACUGUACAAAUAAAGAUCGUGGAUGAUACACGUGUGGUAUUGAACCGUUGUAGUAUAUUUACAGAAAAGUUAAACAAGAAACAACGGCCUGUUACGCGAGCCGUGCGCAGCUACGUAUACUCAAAUAUUACAAGAUAUUUUUGCAAAUUUCUCGAAAACUAAAACCGACCGCCACAUACAUAUAUAGGGAAAAGUUGUUCAAAAUGAUGCCCUCAACAACAUAUGUCAAGGUCAUAUGUAUACGCAGAUUCUAUUGUAAGACUAAUAUAUAAUACAUUUUUAUUAAUAACUUUUUAAUAAAAAACGAGCGACGGCUAAAACCUCUUUGAUGUUACUCGGGAGGGUGGCCUUGGCAACAUAUGUCAAGGUCAAGGUCCUCCCCUAAACGCAAGGUUUACCUUUAAUUUUUCUGGUUUUUAUAUCUCAUCUUAGAUACGGAGAUAUUGCUUGCAGUUAUUUAAAGUUUAGCGUUUUAUUUAAAAAACCAUCGUUCAGAAAAAAUACAUAACAUCAAAAUAUUUAUCAUUACAUAUUUAUAUAUUUUUUUUUUAAACUAAGUAAUAUGGAUUAAAAUAUUUAUUUCAAAUGUCACUUCAUCCCUGAAAAAAUUAAAUGAUGUCAUUAAAGAAGUGCGUAUCGACUUUUAGUUCUUGCGAAGGACUCGUCGACAAAACAUCGGGGUAGUUGAGAACGUGUUCAUAAUUAAAUAAGAGUAAUAUUUGUAUGUAUUCUAAUAAAAUGAAAAGUGACAAAAUUGUAAAGGAACCUGUCAUAAGGAUCGUCCAAGUAUUCGGAAACUUACUGGAGAAAUUUCAUCUCGCUUUCUAGAACGAUUCUGCAAUUUGUCCACGAUAGACAACAUUCCAUAUAAGAAAUCAAAAAGCAACUUAGCUAGUAGUUUUAGCACCUUUCUCGACGAAGAAAGGAGCACACGCCAUUGCAAUGCAAUUUUUUCUUAGCGAAGACCUAUGCCAUGCUUUAUGUUGAUACCCUGCAUAUUUGGAAUGAAACUUGCUUUACAUCCUUGUAACUAACCAAAAUUUCGAAUUAUUUGUUGUCAAUUUAUAUAGCGUUCAAAGAAUGAUAUUCUAACGUCACGAAUUCUGUUCUUUUCGUCGCACUUGAAACGAUUCAAGAAUUGUUUUCCAUUUUUGUGAUCUACUCAACAAAAAGAUGAAACGUUACAAAGGAACUAUUAUUGCAAACGAAUUGUAUUAUUUAAUAGUAACGAUGUAUACUUGGGUUUGUGAAAAAUGGAGGUACCAAUGUAGUCGAUACAGGAUAGUGUCUGCGCAUCUAACUUGCGCACAAGUGUCGUUUAAGUACCUCGUUUCUUCACUCACAGUGUUAGUGCCUUCUGAAGAGGUUUUUAUGAACCCAAGGAUACAAUCUGGAAAAAAGCACUGCGCUAUCAGAAACUACUUUGUACAAUCUUAUUAGAACAAACUUGAACAAUUUUUUUGCGAAAAGAUAAUCUAUUUGUGAUGUCUAACUCCUUUAACAUUUUUUGUAAUAUUAUAAUAACAAAAUGUUAAACCAGAAAUUCAAAUAUCCUUUUUAUACCCUGCUCAUUAUGGAUCUAUGAUCAACUAUCAAACAUUUAGGAAAUAAUGAUUAGAUAAUCUUGUUAUCAUCUAGUAAUGUAAUACAAUUAAAUUAAAGUAAUAUAAAUAUGAGAGGUAAUCAUAGAAAUUAAUUAAAGAAACGCAACUUUAAGUACUUUUUUAAACAUCAUUUAUCAGGGUAAAUGUCAAAGAACUUAACAGGAUUAACUUUAUAACUAGACUCGCAUGAUGUGUUUUAACAUUCAGCAGUUUUAUUAUUGUUCAAAGAUUUGCUCAACAUGGAAAACAGUUUAUAUAAAUACAAUCACAGAUUUCAAAUGUUCAUCGCGACUUCUUGUAGAUUGUGUAUUUAUGGCCGAAUAGGAACCAAUAAUACACUUAAUUUAGUAAUAUUUUGAAGCGUAACAUUACUACUACUACUACGUAAUACGAAAUAUAAUAUAUAAUAUAAUUUUCUAUGUAAUGCGUAUACGUGCACGCAAACAAACUGUAAAUCAGUGGAAGUGAUAAACAUUGUCAUUAAUAAACAAGGAAACUGGUUAAACAAAAGGAUAACUUGUAUCGAGUCUGCAUAAAUUUUUCUUUUGUAUUUAUUUUUACUGUAUCAUGUUUUUAUUGAAUAUAAUACAUAUGCUCUGUU